AUGGGCUUCAAGAGCUGGUUCCACGCGGAAUUCCUCGUUCCUCGGAGGCUCGCUUUCAAUGUAAUUUUCUACGGUCUUCACUUCUUCUUCUUUGGCUACGGGUGGUACAGUCAAUACUCCAAUGUUCGACUCAACGCUCUCAACGGUCUCGGAUUCUCGGUGUGGACGUCUCGUGGUGCUGGUCUCGCCCUCGCUUUCGAUGGGGGCUUGAUUCUCAUCCCGAUGUUGCGCAAUAUCAUCCGUGUCGUCCGACCGAAGCUUACUUGGCUCUUCCCAGCCGAUGAGAAUAUCUGGUUCCAUCGUCAAGUGGCUUAUUCGAUGGCAUUCUGGGCCAUGGUUCACACAACAGCUCACUACGUCAACUUCAUCAACGUUGAGCGCACUCAGGUCCGCAAAGAAUCUGCCCUGGACAUUCACUACAAACAGGCUGGUGGAGUCACCGGUCAUUUCAUGCUCCUCAUCAUGCUCUUGAUGUACACCACCGCUCACCACAAGAUACGCAACCAAUGCUUCGAGGCCUUCUGGUACACCCAUCACCUCGCAUUCUUCUUCAUGAUCGGCCUUUACACGCACGCUACCGGAUGCUUCGUCAGAGAUUCUGUUGACCCGAGCUACAGCAACGUUUUCCCCUUCUACACGACCAAGAACUGUCUAGGGUAUGAAAGUUGGCGAUACACCAUUUGGCCUGGUAUUUUGUACUUUGGAGAGCGUAUGUGGAGGGAGUACCGUGCCCGCCGAGCGACUAGACUUUCCAAGGUGCUUGUACACCCCAGUGGCGCCAUGGAACUCCGCAUCGUCAAGCCUAGCUUCAAGUAUACUGCAGGCCAAUGGCUCUUCAUCAUGGUCCCGGAGAUCUCGGGCUGGCAAUGGCAUCCGUUUACCAUCACAUCGGCUCCGGAAGAUCCUUAUGUUUCCAUUCACAUUCGCCAAGUCGGUGACUGGACGAGGGCCCUUGGUGAACGUCUCGGUGUAGGCCCACAAGUCGUCGCUUCCAUGACUCAGGCAGCGAUGAAGGGCUCUGAGAAAGAACAGACCUAUGGUGCUACUCGUGGUGACUUCGUCGAGAUAGAAUCUGGCGCCGGCUCCCGUGCCCUCCCCGCCGUCCGCCUUGACGGCCCCUACGGUGCCCCGGCAGAAGACGUCUUUGACUGUGAAGUUGCUGUCCUCAUUGGUGCCGGUAUCGGUGUCACUCCGUUCGCCUCGAUCCUCAAGCAUAUCUGGUAUCGCCAGAAACGCGGCAACCUAGGCACCCUCCGCCGAGUCGAGUUCUUCUGGGUCUGCCGAGAUGCCCCCUCGUUUGGUUGGUUCCAAAGUCUGCUGCAGGAGGUCGAGGCUGCCCAGGCCGAUCCUAACUUCCUCCGGAUUAACAUCUACUUGACACAGAAGAUCGGGGAAGAUAUGCUCUGGAACAUUGCUGUUAACGACGCGGGCGCUGAGUACGAUCCCCUUACUCUCCUGCGCAGCCGCACUAUGUUCGGUCGUCCGGACUGGAUGUCUAUCUACGGACAAAUGAGACAGGCCAUCGAAAGUGGACAGUACAUCGCGGGAAGCAAGUCUCAGCUGAAGACUAAAGUUGGGACCUACUUCUGUGGACCGAGCAUUCUUGCGAAGGCCAUAAAGGAGGCGACUGUCAAGAACUCUGGACCGACUGUUGACUUCAAGUUUGCGAAGGAACAUUUCUAA